AUACUUGAGGACUAUCUGCUGGUGGAAGAUGAGCCCCUGCUGGAGGAGAUAGCUGAGGAGGAUGAAGAGCUCAACCUAUACAAUGACAUGACUUUUGGGUUAGACCAAGACUCUGCUGAAGAGGACACUGUGAAUCUCCUGAUGCCUCCAGAGAUGGGCCCUGAGCUGGCUGAAGAGGUGGCAGAGGAGACUGAGGUGAUGGAGCAACAGGGACCUGGAGUGGCAGAGGAGCUAGGAGAACCCCAGGAGGAAGGUGGGAUGGAGCCAGAGGUUGAGCAGAUUGACUUUGAGUUGGAGGAAGAGGAGGAGCUGGAGGCUGAGGAGCAGGAGGAAGACCAGGAACCCUGUGAGGAGCCCAAUGACCUGGGAGACCCGGCGGUGAUGAGAGCCGUGCAGAGCAAACCCACGCUGGAGAGCCAGGACUCAGCGGUGCUGGACAGCAGGAUUGGUCCUUGCUGGGCUGAGUUCAGCAAAGACGACGUGUUGGCGAUGGACCCUGCAGCAUGGGGCUCCUGCCCCGGCAGCAUCCCACCCCACCACGUGCUGGAGCAGGACAAAGCCAUCUUGCAUGUCCUGGAGAGGCCCCCACUGUCCUCCAACGUGGCCCUUGACUUCCUCAGCUCCCCCGUCCAGAGGGGCUACAGGGGUUCUCCUCGGCUCAAGCACCCCAACCUGAGGCUGAUGUCCCCCAAGUCCUUCUCCCAGCACUUUCUCCAGCAGUCUCCUCUGAUGCCUCCAUGCUCCCCUCAGCCCUUCACACUGGGCCACAGACCUUCUCCGCUCUUUGCUUCAAGCCAGAGCAUGGGGUACGGGUCUCCAAGCCCUUUCCGGCCCGUGUCGCCCAGCGUCAGCAGCCCGCCGCGGCCUCUUGCCAUGCACUUCGGCCCCAUGUCUCCUUCUUUGGACCCUGUUCUCUUCAGCCCAGCAGCCAGCAACCAGCUGAACCUCAGCACAGCCACUGCCAUGACCCAGCUGCACCCGCUGCACCAGCGGAUCCUGACGCAGCGGCAGGGGGGGGGGGGGGGCAUCUCCCCCAAGAAGCUGUGGUUCUUGAAGGCAGACCCGUAUGGCGGGCUGAUGGCUUCCAAGGAGAAGGAUUGGGUCAUCAAGGUGCAGAUGAUCCAGCUGCAGAGCGAGAACACGGAUGACGACUACUACUACCAGACCUACUACCACCACCUGGAGCGCAAGCAGGCCGAGGAGCCACUGGGUGGGCGCAACAAGCAGGAGCCCCCCAAGCUGGUGACGCCAUUCAUCCAGAAAGUGGAGACGUACGACUCCGUGGUGCGCAUCGCCGGCUCGCUGGGCCAGGUUGCGGUCUCCACUUGCUACAGCCCUCGCCGGGCCAUUGACGCCGUGCACCACGCCCACGUGGAGGAGGCCACGGGGAGCCACCGGCUUCGGGCUCUGCACAGGAUUGAGAAGCUCUUUGUGCAGCUGCUGGAGGUGGAGGAGGUGGAGCGGAAGAUGCCCAUGACCCCAGAGGAGCAGCAGAAGAACCACAAAGUGGAGACCAUCUACCAAGCCUUGAAAAUCGGGGCUUGCAGAAGCCAAGAGGAGGCAGAGGAUGAGUUCCUGCAACUCCUCUGUGUGCGGAAGGGCAAGAAGCUCGUGGCCCGGCUGCUGCCCCACCUGAGCCAGGAGCAAGCGGAGAAGAUCCUGCUGACCAUCGCCCACCACCUGCCCUUCCUCAUGAAGAAGGAUGUGUUGGAUGAGUCUCUCCCCGUGCUCUACAGCCCAUUGAAUGAGGUGGUGGGCAGGAUGACCUUCAGCAAACUCAUUGAGGUACUGCAGAAGAUGACCAGGCCUCUACCAGAGUUUCUUGAGCUGCCCCUCACCAUGGCCUUGAAGAACCAGUUUGGGAUCUCCUUGCUCUACUACCUACUGAGCCAUGGCGAGAGGCUGCUGUCCUCUGACCUGCCCCUGGAGCCAUGUGGUGGGGACUUCGAGAUGUGGACUGACAUGGUGUUCCUGGUUGCCCGGGAGCUAUCAAGAGUCCCCAAGGACUUGCUGGUGGAGCCUCUCUUCUUGCCCAGCAACCUUCUCUCGCUCUUCUGUCGCUAUCUGGACAAGCAGACCAUCCACAACCUGGAAGCCAAGAUGGAGUGCUCCCUGCUGCAGUUGGAGGCUGCCGUGCCACGCUGA